AUGAAGAUUUCCUCUCUCUUCGCCGCAGGUGCACUCUACGCGGCCUCCGCAUUCGCUCAGAGUGUUACAAUUGCUGCUCCACCAAACAUGGCUACUGCUGCUGCAGGGUCUGACAUCGUAGUCCAGGUUGAUCGUCCCAACUUUACUAGCUCCGUCAACGAGGUUGCGGUCGUGAUCGCGGUUUUCCCGUGCUUCGUAGAGGAGCCCGAAUUCUGCCCAGCAUUCCAAAGGGAUGGUGUUGGUGCUAUUCUCUACAGCGGCCCGUUCGAUCCCUAUGAACUCGUACCGAACCCUAACAACGAACCUCCUCAGGAGAGUUUCACUGUGAAAAUACCACCUGGCACGAAGACGGGACCUGCGGUGUUGAGCCUUACGCACUGGUCAUUCAUUGGGGCUAACAAUGAGUACUUCUUCGAGACGAAGAAUAUUACGUUGGUCAUCACUGAAUGA